GAUCUAAGUCAUCUCAGGUGCAGGAGGAAGAGGCGGGCGCUACGGACGGGCUCGGUAUCCUCGCGGCGGGGCCAGACGGGCGGUACCACGGUGCUGCCGGCGGCGGGGGUGGGGGCGUGGCAAGGGCGGAGCCGGAGCUCCCCCGCCGCGGCGCCAUUGGCUGCGCCCGCCGCCACCCGGCAGUAGUUGCGGAGGUCGGCCCCGCCCCCUUCCUCUUUCCCUCGGAGCAGGCGGCGGCGGCGGCGGCGGCGGCGGCUUGUGUAGCCAUGGCCAAGAUUAAGGCUCGAGACCUUCGCGGCAAGAAGAAGGAAGAGCUGCUGAAGCAGCUGGACGACCUGAAGGUGGAGCUGUCGCAGCUGCGCGUCGCCAAAGUGACUGGCGGCGCGGCGUCCAAGCUCUCCAAGAUCCGAGUUGUUCGCAAAUCCAUCGCCCGUGUUCUCACCGUCAUUAACCAGACCCAAAAGGAGAACCUCAGGAAAUUCUACAAGGGCAAGAAGUACAAGCCCCUGGAUCUGCGGCCCAAGAAAACACGUGCCAUGCGCCGCCGGCUCAACAAGCACGAAGAGAACCUGAAGACCAAGAAGCAGCAGCGGAAGGAGCGCCUGUACCCGCUGCGGAAGUACGCGGUCAAGGCCUGAGCACCCCUCAAUAAAACAGACAGGCGGGCUGA